AUAUUUGUUUAAAAACGAAGGCUUUCAGAAACAUUUCAGAAUUAAAAAUUUGAUAAACCCCUUGCAAAACAUCAAAUUAUGUCAACUUGUGCAAAAAUUAUUCAGUUAUAGUAUUUUGUAGGGAGCCAAAACUGGUCAUACUGCUGGCUGCAUUCUUGUCUGACAUCGUGAAAAAAUCGGCGCGCCAUUUCUGUCAACUUUUUUGCGUCGAAGUAGCUCUGUUUAUGCAAACUAAGCAAAUUCCCGAGUGUUUAUUUGUUUUAGACAGAGCCCGGCCGACCGGAAGCCGCCCCAGCUUCAAAAUCACACGCUCCCUCAGUAACGUCGCCAACGUUGUGAAAUCCAGGCAUUGCUCAUUCCGAUAACUUGUGCAAUUCCCACGGACGAACAAAGGGGACUACCCGUUGCAAUAGCAUCAGACGCGUGACACUAGAGUGAGCAUCAUGUUUGGUGGCUCGAAACCAGCCUAUGGAGCUACCGCCGGCUCCACCGGAUUCGGUGGGUUCAGCGGCGCCAACGCGAGUACUCCGUUUGGGCAGUCGGCCUUCGGAAAACCAGCAGCUCCUGCAUUCGGCAGCACCUCGACCUUCGCGGCACAGCCGGCGCAGCCCUCGUUGUUCGGUGCGGCAGCAACACCAGCGCAGCCAGCUGGAGGAUUGUUCGGGGCCGGCACCUCGAGCGCCUUUGGGAGCAACACCACAGCCCAGCCGUCAACAUUUGGAGCUUUCUCUCAACCCCAGCAGACAUCAAAUAUUUUCGGAACAACCCAAGCAGCCCCCACCACUUCGCUGUUCGGGCAGUCCACGCUGCCCGCCUUCGGUGCUGCCAAGCCAGGAAUCACUGCUUUUGGCCAGGCGGCCACAGCUCAGCCCACGACGUCGUUGUUUGGCCAGCCUGCUGCUGCAACUAGCACCUCGGGAUUCGGUUCAUUCGGGCAGGCGGCACCAGCCACUACAAGUGUUUUCGGCAGCGGCACGGCGUCCGCUUUUGCGCAGCCGCAGGCCGCCGGUGUGGCGGGCGGAGUGAAUGCCGGCACAGCCGUGGCCAAGUAUCAGCCGACCAUCGGCACAGACACUCUCAUGAAGAGUGGUCAGCCCAACAAUGUGAACACCAAGCAGCACUGCAUCACGGCCAUGAAGGAGUAUGAGCUCAAGUCGCUAGAGGAACUGCGGAUGGAGGAUUAUCUUAGUUCGCGUAAGGGUCCGCAGGCGGGAAGUGCACCUGGAGCCUUCGGAUUUGGCUCUCAAGUGGCCACGCCCGCUCAGCCAGCAGCUACAAGUCUCUUUGGAAGCACAGCACAGCCGAGUACUGGUCUGUUUGGACAAGCAGUCACCGAGAACAAGAGCCUCUUUGGUGCAUCGGCAUUCGGUCAGCAGCCAGCAACGAGCAGCGCUUUUGGGGCACCAGCUCAGCAGAAUAGUUUCCUGCAGAAGCCUUUUGGAGCGGCGGCGGCCACACCUUUUGCCGCACCCCCUGCAGAUGCCUCUAAUCCCUUCGGAGCGAAGCCAGCGUUUGGACAGGGAUCAAGCUUGUUCGGCCAGACGCCCGCCACCAGUGCAGCGCCUGCUUUUGGGCAGACCUCUACUGGAUUCGGAGGCUUUGGCUCCACAGCCGGAGCUGCCCCCCAAACAUCCUUAUUCGGAGCCACCCCAGCCGCAGAUCCGAACAAACCUGCCUUCGGAUUGGGCACAGCAGCACCCGCAACCAACACGGGAUUCGGGUUUGGUGCCACGGCCACAAGCACCGCAGGAGGAGGCCUGUUUGGGGCCAAACCAGCGACUAGCUUUGCAGCGCCUGCCUUUGGAGCGACUUCCACAGCCAACACCGGAUUCGGAGGCUUUGGCCUCAAUACCAGCACAGCGUCAACAGGUGGCGGACUGUUCAACUCGGGACUAAACAAGCCGGCUACAUCGGCUUUCGGAGGAUUUGGGGCCACCAGCGCCGCACCGCUUAACUUUAAUACGGGAAAUACUGGAGGAUCGCUGUUUGGAAACACGGCCAAGCCGGCUGGAAGCUUGUUCGGAGGAGGGACCAGUACGUUGGGAGCCACAGGAGCUGCGCCAGUAGGAGGAGGUCUGUUCGGCGGUGGAACGAGUGCUUUCGGGAACACGGCAGGAUCGUUGGGUGGCGGAUUUGGCAACAUGGGAACUAAUAACACACUGACAGGAGGACUUAUGGGAGCACAGCCCACUGUGGGCAUUGUCACACCAUCGCACCAGCCUAUCCACCAGCAGAUCCUAGCGCGGGUCACUUCUCCUUAUGGCGACUCGCCCAUCUUCAAAGAUCUGAAGCAUCGCGAUGAUGUGGACGCUACCAGGGCCACGAAUCCGGCCGCCCAGCAAGCUGUUUUGGAUAUGAAUAGCAACCAGUACAAGAUUGCCACGAAGGACAGUCCUGCGGCUAUGAAGGUCAAGGCAUUGGGCAGCUCCCUCAACCGGAAGUCGUUGUUCGACGGCCUCGAGGAGUUCGAUGCGAGUGUGGAAGGUUUCAAUCUCAAGCCGAACGCCAAACGGCUGGUGAUUAAGCCCAAGGCAAAGCCUGUGGAGGGUGGAACUCCAUCCGCAUUGAACGGCAGUGGGCCCAGUACUCCUCAAUCCCGUCCAAAAGGAUCUCCCAACAGGGAACGAGAAUCGUUUGGUGGUGUCAUUCCAAGUGAGCCGCCUACAGCCGGAAACUCUCCAACUGCUGUCACUGGAAGGGAGAGCCAAGAAGGCACCCGACGCGAAUCCUGGCUGCAUCCAAACAACCUUGAAAAAGUCCGCCAGCAUAAUAUCCAGACGGGCAUGGAUCAGAACUCGCCCCACAAUAGUACUCUGAACGAGCUGGUGCCGCGCAAGCCACUGGACACUUAUCGCCCCACGUCCACUGUGCGCUUGUCGGUAUCUACUAUCCCCGAGAACCCGUUCGAGGAUCAGGCCAGCGCCAUUGCACGUCGAGACACCUUCAUCCAAGAGCAGGCCAACGAAAGCCUGGUAUCGACCAGAUCCCGCGAUCAAGAAGCAGAGGAUCACUCCGGAAACAGGUCUCGCCUGGCCAUCGAAUCUGCAGGCGAGGCUCAGGAAUACGAAGCGCAUCCCACAGGCAUUGUGCUGCGUCGCGUUGGCUACUACACCAUUCCGUCGCUGGAUGAUUUGCGUUCGUAUCUGGACGAGGAUGGCUCCUGUGUGGUGCCCAACUUCACGAUCGGGCGGGAAGGCUACGGCAAUGUAUUUUUCGGCAAAGAGAUGGAUGUGGCUGGACUGAAUCUGGAUGAGAUAGUUCACUUCCGCAACAAGGAAAUCAUCAUUUAUCCCGACGACGACAACAAACCACCAAUCGGCCAAGGACUAAAUAGAGACGCACAAGUCACGCUGGAUCAGGUCUGGCCUUUGGAUAAGACCAAGCACGAAGCUGUUAAGGAUCCGCAACGCCUCCUGGAAAUGGACUGGGAGGGAAAACUGCGACGGGUGUGUGAUAAGAAUGACACCCGCUUCAUCGAAUUCCGUCCAGAAACAGGUAGCUGGGUCUUCCGCGUCAAGCAUUUCUCCAAGUACGGCCUGGACGAGAGCGACGAGGAGGCGGAGCUGCCCACCGAUCCCAAGAAAGCCAAGAUGGCGGCCCUGGAGGCACAGCAGAAGGCGGCUGCCGACAAGAUGACUCUCAACUCCCUGCGGCAGGCACAAAAAAUUUCCGAAGACGCCGCUCGCCAUUUGGACCCCAAGGCUUUAGUGGCUGGGGUGGCCAGUGGAUUUCGCCCAAUGGACGACACUGCGGAGUUCCUCUUAAUGGACAAGACACAAUUUUUUCAAGCUGGCGCUGCCGGAUCAGAUUUCUCAAUGUUCGAUGUGCCACGAACUCGCACCACGAUCACAAGUCCCACCUCGUUUCUGGCCCAAGAAGUGGUGGGCAACGAAGCGCACAAAAUGCAGCUGAUGAAGUCCUCCCUGUUUGUGGAGGACAAUGCCAGCGAGGACGAGAGCAUGGAGCCAACUGGUCGUCUGCCUCGUCAACGCAACUUCUUCAAUGCGGAUCCCAAUCCCUGGAAGGAUGGCGCCUCCGAAGCUUCCAGUCAGUAUGAUUUCGGUCAUCCGUCACUCGCUCUUCCCGUUUCUUCCUCCGCAUCGGUGGCUAGUUUCCUAGGCGACGCCCACUCCGAAGAGACAUCUUCUAUGGCUACUGGAAGCAUCGUGGCUGUCGAAAAGGAGAAGCCUGUCCUGGGACCGGCUAUUAAAACAUUUAAGUUCGUGUGUAAGCCAAAGGUGGCUCCCGUGAAGGUGUUCGCCACAACAGUUCCCCUGCCCCGGUCCCUUGCCAAUGAUUUGACCAAGAACUGGGUUGCCGAUCUGGGUCUAUACAGGGGUCGCAGUUUUAAGCUGAGCUUCGGACCUCACAACCUGUUGAUGCUGCCCACCACAUUCAAUAAUCAACGCAAGCUGAAAGAGUUCACUGGACCGUCUAUCCCAGCAUCUAUGGUGUUUGCUCCUCGACUGCCUGAAGAUUUGUCGCCCAGUGUGAUGCAAAUGGUGCAAUUCAACAUGGUUGGCGGGUCCAUGAGCUUUCACGAAACUAUUGUGCCCCAUCUCGAAGUACAGCUGGGCGACUGCCUGUCGGUGGAAGUGGAGGGCAGCGAAUGCCCGUGGCUUCAUGCCGACAACGGUACCCAGCUGGUGUCUAAGCACUUCUCGGAGUCGCUGAGGCAAAGAAACGCUGGCCUCAAGGAGGAUUACGCGGUGUCCGUGUGGUCAUUGCUUUUUGCAUUGUGGGGUGAUCAUGAGGAACUCGUGGAUCUCGACAAUAAUUCGCAUUACACGGUCAUGUGUCGGCGGAACCUGCUCUCGGAGUGGCUGGAAAACACGUUGCUGGGCAAGGACUUGUUAUCGAAGAAGGUGAACAACCAUAGUUACCUUGAGCAUAUGCUGGACCUACUCAGCUGCCACCGGGUGAGCGAGGCCUGCGAGCUCGCUUUCAACUAUGACGAUGCCAACCUGGCAUUGGUCUUGGCCCAACUUAGUUCGGGACCAGUCUUCCGAAUGCUAAUGGAGGAGCAACUUUACGCAUGGCAGCAGAGCAAGUCCGACAAGUACAUCGACCUGGAGCGACUCAAGAUGUACAUGCUGUCUGCCGGCGUUCCAAUGAUGCAGUCCUCCCAGGGAGCUAUCAAUCUCCUUGAGGAUAAUAAUUGGUUGACGGUCUUGGCGCUGCAGCUGUGGUACUUUACAGCCCCAACAUCAUCCAUCACGGAUGCCCUACUUGCUUACGACAAAGCGUUCCAGGCGGAGGAAUGCUUUGCCGAACCACCUCUGCCCAGUUACAAUGGAGCCACUAACGACAGCGAUAAACCUGUCUACGAUCUUCGCUAUCACCUGCUUCAGCUGUACUCCAAGCGUACGCAUUCCCUGGAGCAGACGCUUAAUCCAAUUACACACACCGCCGAUCCCAUGGACUUCCGUUUGAGCUGGCUCCUGCUUCAAACUCUGCGAGCAUUGGGCUAUCGCCACUGCUCCGCCUCGGCGGAAGCCCGUCUGACGGUGGACUUUGCCAGUCAGCUGGAAAACGAAGGCCUCUGGCACUGGGCCAUUUUUGUGCUUAUGCACAUCAAGCGCAGACCACAGAGGGAGCGAGCCGUGCAAAAUAUGCUGGAACGAAAUGUCAGCGUGUCUGCCAAGGUGGCCCUGAAUGAGGCUGAGAAGUUUGUUAUUUUCAAGUUGGGAGUCCCGGAGUCAUGGUUGGACUAUGCCAAGGCAGUUAAGGCGGGCUCAUUUGGAAAGCACCAUCUGCAAGCUAAAUAUCUGCUGAAAGCCAAGCACUGGGCAUCCGCUCACGAGGUCAUCUUUGAACACAUAGCUCCCGACGCCAUCAUAAAUGGAAAAUUGGAUUAUCUGCAUAGCCUGCUCAUCCAGUUCGAGGAUACCGAAGGUAGCAGCAUCCGAGUGCCCAACUGGGCCAACCAGGGCCAAAUUUUCCUGGACUUCAUCGACAUUAGUGCCAAGUUUAAGCAAAUCCGCUCCGUGACGAACAUCGCCGACAUCAAUGCCCGCUGGGAGAACCUUAAGCCGCAACUCAGUGAACUCUGCUCCCGGAUCAGUCUGCUGCCGUGCCCCAGCUCCAAACAUCGACUAUGCCAGAGCGAAAUCGCCCAGAGCUUGAGCUGUCUGGUACAUGGAAUGUGCAUAGUGUGUGCGGAUAUGGAGCCCUCAGCCGUACUCAAGUCGGCUUUAGAACGACUACCAUUGCCGCAAGAGUUUUCGUCCAAAGAGCUGAGAAUCCUGCUCGAGGAAUUGCUGGAAAAGAUCGAGAACGAGCCUCCGUUUAGGGAGAAACAGCAGCCCACCAUGAUGGAAACAUAAAAUCGUCAGGAAAAUAGGAGUAAUAUAAGAGAGUCUAGAUAAGGUUUGCAUUAAAAUAGGUAUUAGAAAUCACUAGCGUGUAUCCCAUAGCGUUCAUGCCACAAAACGCCAGAGUUAGGAUAGUUCUUAGGACUUCGUUCAACCAUGAUUACUUCAUAGAUAGGGAAAGCUUCAUAAGAGGGACAAAGCCAGAUCAUAAAUAUAGUUUUUGUUAAAUUUGUUUUUUUCGGUUUCUUACUAAUUUGAGCCCACGUGUCGAAUUUCUUAACUGUAGUAUUCUUGAUAAAAAAAUAAUUGAAUAAAAUCUAAUUUGUUGUCAACAAA